AUUAACAUUACUUGUACCCCAAAUUUAUCUUACAAUUACUUGCACCCCAUACUCUGUCAGAUGGUCUAUGAAAAAGCUACAAUACAUACCACAGUAUCAGGGGCGGACUGACAACUCAUGGGGCCCCCGGGCAAUAGGGGACCAUGGGGCCCCUGUGUCCUUGCCCAAACUAAAAAAAGCCUAUGAAAAAGGUACCAGGGGCAUCUCAUGAGGCCCCCUACUGCCCCCCGGGCCCUCGGGCAGUGCCCGAGUUUCCAAAUGGUCAGUCCGCCCCUGUCUGUAAGU